AUGGAUGAAAUUGGUUCGAUUGAUGAUCAAGAAUUUCCUAAGGUUGUCCAAAUUAUACAAGUUAAAGAAUCAUGCUACGUGAUUUUCCAAGAUGAAGAUGGAUUCUUAUUCAAAAUCGAUAUUCUCAAGGCCAAGAAAAAUUUUCCAAAUAAAAUUACAAAAUAUUUGCUAGACUCUAUUCCAGAAAACACUACAAUUAACAACAAUACUGUUUUCUUCUAA